UCCCCUAAAUUCAUGCACUUUGUAACGUAAAAAUGCAUAUAAAAGGCGACGAAACUCUUUGUGAAAAAGCAGAGUCGUAGAUCCUAGGAAUAAUCUAGGUUUAAAUUAUAUAAAUAAUAAAAAUGGCGUUGUUUUGGAGAGGGCUUAUUAUAUUACCUCUCCUAUUUGUGUAUGCAAGCAGCCAUUUUAUAUAUACUAAACGACAUUUCGAUAAACCCGAGGUAGUCGGGUUCAAGGACCUCGAUUACCUCCACGGCGAUGGCGGUGGUUUCCUUAGUGGCCCCAUAGAAGCCGAUGAUGGUGUCAAAGCUUCGAAGACCGUCGUUGAAGCUGAGAGUGACGAUGAUGACAAUGACGAUGACGACGGUGAUAAGAAGAGUAAAAAGAAGAAAGAAAAGAAGAAUCAGAAGAAUAAGAAGGAGAAAAAGAAGAGCAAGAAAGACAAAAAAUACGAUGAAAGUUUCCAUACAUUGCCGGUCGAAAGCCUUGUAAACGAAAAGGGUGGUGACGGGAAUACCGACGAUUCGUCUCAACUCGUCGGCUAUAAUGUAGUGACGGCUCAAACUACGUUUAAGGGGAGUUGGGAAUUGUUCGUUGAAAACUCUGGUGUUUCCGCUAUGCAUGUGGUGUUGCUUCCGAAUAUCAAUCAAGCUUUGAUUUUUGAUGCCACGGUGUGGAAGGUGUCAAAGCUGAAAUUACCGGGACCACCAUGCCGACAUGUCGAGGGAACCAAUGAAGAAGAUUGCUUUGCACAUUCAAUCCUCUUAGAUGUUGAAACAGCACAUAUUAGGCCACUUAGGUUGAACUAUGACACUUGGUGUUCAUCGGGUGGUCUUGAUAUCAAUGGUCGAUUGGUAAGCACUGGUGGUUUUAACAAUGGCUCCGACACUGUGAGAAUCCUCGACUUAUGCGAUACUUGUGAUUGGAAAGAAUAUCCCGGUGCACUUGCAAAUGGAAGAUGGUAUGCCACACAAGUAACCUUAGGUGACGGUAAAUUCAUGGUGUUCGGAGGUCGAGAUUUCCCGACAUAUGAAUUUGUUCCACCAGAAGGCAAGAAAAACACUCAUCAAGAUGUGGUUGAUUUCAAUUUCUUGGUGGAAACACACGAUCCCGUGGAGAAUAAUUUGUACCCUUUCGUUUACCUUUCGACUGACGGCAACAUCUUCAUCUUCGCUAACAAUCGUUCAGUUAUUUUGAACCCUAAGACCCACAAAAUCAUCCACGAGUUCCCGGUGCUCCCUAAUGGUGCUCGUAAUUAUCCUGCGUCAGGAAGUGCUUGCCUCCUUCCGAUCAUACUCAAGCCUAAUGAGGAUCGUAGUGUGAUCCCCGCCGAGAUUUUGAUAUGCGGUGGAGCACCGCACGAUGCGUUUGAAAAAGCUGAUUUGCAGCGUCCUAAGGUGUUUUUGCCCGGGAGCUGUGAUUGUGCUCGCCUUGAUUUCACCAAAAGGGACAGCAAAUGGAAUAUCUUUAACAUGCCGUCAGCUCGUCUGUUGGGAGAUAUGGCAGUUCUUCCAACAGGAGAUGUGCUUAUUGUUAACGGUGCAAAAACUGGUUCAGCCGGUUGGGAUGACGCCAGGGAGCCAAAUUUGAACCCUGUUUUGUACAAAUUCCAAACUGAUGGAACUAGUCCCAAGUUCACCGUGCUUAACCCAUCCAACAUCCCUCGCAUGUACCACUCCUCGUUCGCUGUCCUCCCUGAUGCAAAAGUCCUCAUCGCCGGAAGCAACACGAACCCAGGUUACCUCGAUGAUGCAUUGUUUCCCACCGAAGUUCGGGUCGAGAAAUUCUCACCACAUUACUUGGACCCUAACUUGGCCAUGUUCCGACAAGAGAUCAUCGCCGAAAAGUCCAAUAACAAAUUAAAGUAUGGCCAGAAAUUCACAGUGCAGAUCCGUGGAAGCGGUGUAAUCGACCAACAAAAGCUUCAAGUGACGAUUUACUCGCCGCCGUUUGUGACCCACGGGAUCUGCAUGAAUCAGAGAUUGAUUCAAUUGGGGAUUUUGGAAUUUAAUAAAGAUGUAAUCCCAAAUACAAACAACAUUGUUCUUCAAGCUCCCAUGAAUGGCAACAUUGCGCAACCUGGUUAUUACAUGCUCUUCGUAAACUACAAUGGGGUGCCUUGCCUUCGAUCGAUAUGGAUACAAAUUUUGCCAUAAAUAUUUCACUGGAAGCAUUGAAUCGUCGAAGACACUAUAUACAAUUAUUUUAUUUAUAUAUAUAUAUAUAUAUGAAGUAUUCUAUUUACAUUUUGUUGCACCCACUAUUGUUUUGAAGAUCAUAUGAAAAAUUUAAUUUAUUUAUUUGCUAAUUUUUUC